GAGGGCUCCCUGGGGCAGGACUAUAUAACCCCAGAGGGACAGGCACAGGCUGACUCUGCUCCUUUCCAGCCAGAGCCACAGCCUUGCCCCCAGGAGACUGAAGACAUGGCACCCAAGAAGGCCAAGAGAAGGGCAGUGGCAGAAGGCGGAAGCUCCAAUGUCUUCUCCAUGUUUGACCAGACUCAGAUCCAGGAGUUCAAGGAGGCCUUCACGGUAAUCGACCAGAACCGGGAUGGCAUUAUUGACAAGGAGGAUCUGCGGGACACCUUCGCAGCCAUGGGGCGCCUCAAUGUGAAGAAUGAGGAGCUAGACGCCAUGAUGAAGGAAGCCAGUGGUCCCAUCAACUUCACCGUCUUCCUGACCAUGUUUGGGGAGAAGCUCAAAGGUGCCGACCCUGAGGAUGUGAUCACUGGCGCCUUCAAGGUCCUGGACCCUGAGGGGAAGGGCACCAUCAAGAAGCAGUUCCUGGAGGAAUUGCUCACCACGCAGUGUGACCGCUUCUCCCAGGAAGAGAUCAGGAACAUGUGGGCAGCCUUCCCCCCCGACGUGGGAGGCAACGUAGACUACAAGAACAUCUGCUACGUCAUCACGCAUGGUGACGCCAAGGACCAGGAGUAGGGGACCCUGUUAGGCCUCCGCUGGCCAAUGCCUUGCAGCCACCCGAUCCCGACUCUAAUAAAACUAAACUGGUCUCUGUUUCUUA